GAAAGGAGCCAUGGCUUAUGGGCAAGAGACCAUUUGAGGUUGACUUGUUCACAGCCUAUGGAGUGUACCUGGAUGAUAUAUUUAAAGAUUUCAGGGAAGGGAGAUAUAUAACACGUGGCAGACGGCAUUCAACAUUGUUCAGAGUUUACUCCAAUGGCGUGUCCAUGAAGAAAGAGAAUUACAUGCAUCCACAGAGACUAUUAAAUCUCUAG